AUCCCCCUGUGAUCGCACCAUGCCACUCGCCCGCCCCACCAGCCGAAUCCCCAACGCCGCUUGGACCUCGGGCUUCAGGGAGAUGACGGAGCCCUGGAAAGGUGCCGUCGGCUGCCUCGGCGUGGCAGUCUUCUUCGCCAUGACCAUCGGCAUCAUCUCCUGGCAGGCGCUGGAGCAGUCACCGGAGGAAUGGGUGCUGCAGGGCCGUGCCGGCGGGAUGCUGUGGGAGCGUCGGCGGGGUGCCCUGCUCCUGCGGGCUCUGCCGGCAGGGCGGACGGUGGCAGUGAUCGCGGUGGGUGGCGUGCCGGCUGCCGAGCCGCCUCCGCCACGGGACCGCUGCUGGCACGACGGUGGGCAGUUCUGCUACGCCUGGGAGGAGGAUGCCGAGCUCCGGCUCUCCCUCGAGCCCCCGCCAGCCCCCGCCACCGAGUGCUACGGCGUCCGCUGGACCCCGCUGCGCCCCGACGUGACGCUGAAGGAUUGCUUCUCCAUGGCCAACGUCUCCUGGUACGGAGGGGCGAGCAUCCGUGCCCAGCGCUGGCCGCUCAACGGCGCCGAGAGCCACGCGCAGCCCUUCGUCAGCGGCGACUUCAGCAAAAACCCCGCCGGCUACGGGCCUGUUCUGGAGAGGUACUUUUUAGGCUCGACAGGAGUGACGGUGACAGUGGCGCCCGACGAGCCCCUCUUCCUCUCGCUGGAGAGCAACAGGCAUUUCUGCCUGGAAACGCCGGCGGGGAGAGCGGCGGUGCCCCUGCGCUACCUCCUCUGCGUCAGCCCGGACGUCGCCGUCGCCCACCGGCACGUGGGCAGCCAGCUCGCGGGGCAGGCGCGGGCGCUGCCGGAUACGGCCCUCCUGGGGUCUCCGAUCUGGCGGUAUUACGGCCCGGCAGGUUCAGCUGCCAAAAUAAAACGAGGUUUGAGGUCACUGGCCAAGAGAUUGAAGCGGCAUCGUCUUCAGGAGGGGGUCCUGGCCCUGGGGGAGCGCUGCACCGCCAUCCUCGCCGCCGCGGACCACGUGCCCUCGGAGCGGAGGAAGAGGCACGACUCGACCCGUGCCUGGGACCCUUCCCUGAUAACACCGCUGCGGCUCUCCAUCACGCUGUCCCCGUACACCAGCAUCGCCUCCCCACUCUUCCUGCGCGCGCUGCGGGACGGCGAGGCGGCGAGCUACUGGCUGAGCCUGCAGCCCCGAUUCGGGGGCUGCUCGGUCCCGCUGCUGACCACGUGGAAGGGGCGGCUUUGCGCCCGCCUGAACGUCACCAGCGAGGCAGCGCUGAGCUGGUACCUGGCACGUGCCCGGCGCCUGCGGCAGGCGCUGGGAGCCACGUACGUGGUCUUCGAGGGCGCCGAGGGCAAUGCUUUCCUGGAGCAAGCUGUCCCACCUCCCGCCGAGCUGGCGGGCGACCGAUACACCAGGGCGCUGGCGGCGGCGCUGGCGACACUGGGAAACGCCACUGUCAUCAGCGCCGGUGCCGGAUCCAGUCAUCUACCGCUCUUCGUCCAGAUGAGCCCGCUGUGCUCGGACUGGAGCCACGCUGGGCUGAAGGGGGUUAUUCCCUCCGUGCUGCACUACAGCCUCUUGGGCUACAACUUCUUCAUCCCCGAUGCAGUAGGAGGGAGCCUGGCCGGUGACGCCCCAGGGGACCCGGAGCUGUACGUGCGGUGGCUGCAGAUCGUGACGUUUCUCCCCGUGAUGGCCUUCAGCACGCCGCCCUGGCUCUGCUGCGACGCCUGGGUCCUGAAUCUUACCCAGCAAUGCAUACAGAGGCACCGGGACUUUGUUGUGCCACUCCUCAUAAAAUACAGCGAGGAAUGGCUUCAUUUGGGGUACCCCAUCUUCCGGCCGGCGUGGUGGCUCAGCCCCACGGAUCCAACUGCUUUUACCAUCGAGGACGAAUUUCUCAUCGGAGAUGAGGUCCUGGUUGCCCCAAUAACAGAAAAAGGGCAAACAUUGAGAGAUAUCUACCUGCCUGGGGAAGGGCACCUAUGGAUGGACACCAACACUGCCCGCGUGUUUGACGGAGGUACCAUCCUCAGGAAUUACUCCGCCAGCCUUGCAGAGGUGCCGGUUUUUGUAAAGACCUCCUAAAUUCACAGACUGCUGCAGCUUUUGGACAGUUGACCUCUUUCAGAGCAGCACUGGCCACAUGUGCUCGCUCUUCCUUGAGACUAUUUCAGCCUAUUUGCACUUUUCCAAGAGCCUUUUUUGCUGUUUUUUUUUUAAUUUCAGAAAUUGUUUGAAUCUUUUAUUAU